UUUAAGAUGAAAGGGUAUUAUCACUGUAAGUUUGAAAUAACGGUGUAGCCAAGCCUCUCAGCCCAUUUUGCAUAACUUUUAAAAACCCGAUUACAGCAAACACAACUUCUAGGCAUACUAAUUAUUCGACGGCGAUUCCUAGCACAAUUGUGAAGAAAUAAUAAUUAUCAACCCACCGAUUCUUCAUACACCAUCAAAACUCCAAUCAGUGGUCUCUUUGAGCCAAAAAUGGAAAGCCUGGACAUGAAAACGAUCGACCUAGUAGUAAAGAAAAAGUGGCAGCGCAGGCAUAAAAGCGUACUUGCUUACGGUCCUAAGAAUGCCCAAAUGAAAAGACUCAGACUUUUAGCAAAGAAUGUUCAAAAGCUUCGUUCAAAGAGACUUACCUCUCUACGAUUGAAGGUUGGCAAGAAUGCUCCAAGAGUUAAGGAUUAUUCACAUCAGAGAACAAAGUCUUCUGAAUACCUCAAUCUGAGCCUAAAGCUGCAGACCAAGAAAUUAGCCGAUCAAUUUGGAAAAUAAGAACUGGAAGAGAGCAAACAGAGUCUCUUUUUACGGAAUGGGAACCCAUAAAGAUAGCCACAGUCUCGAUGCUGGGAGACUCACAAGACAAGAAAGAGCAAAGAAGGGAUUCAACUCUUUCCAAGCGUAUAUUCAAUGAGAACUCCAUAAACGAAACUCAGUUCAAUUACCCAAGAAAAAGCAAGAGCCUAUUACCAAGCAAAUAGUGCAGGAUCUUAACACAACUCUGAAAGAUCCUUUAGGAUCGAAUGCAAAUGAGCAGUACCCUGAAAUUGAAUUGAAUAAAAUAUUAAGUUAA